UAUUUGGGCAUUAUUACAAAAAAAAAUUUCCCUUUUUGGUGGGCAAAAUUGCCGUCUCAUCGCGUUAUGUGCAUAUUCUUCAUUAUCUUCGAGUCACUCAGAUAAGGAAACACGAGUUUCCCCAAGCACAACUGAGACCCCAACCGCCGCCCACUGUGCGACCUCUGCCAAGGUGACGCGGAGGAACGGCAACCGGCUGAAGCCGGCUCCGACGUAACGCGUGUGUGUGCGUGCGCAUUGCAGACCUGCGUAUGCGCAUGCGCACGCCAACAUUGUCGCCCAGGACAGCGGCUGCGCGGCGGCGCGAAGCUUGUUAAAGUUCACACCAAGCACCUGAAAGAACACCUCCGCGAUUGUUUUUUAGGCCUGUAAGCUAUUUAAACAACAGUGAGUACCUCUUGGGCGUGUUGUGGUCUGUUACAGGAAUGUGUUUCUGAUCAUCUGAAUCUCAACCAUGCUGUCAAACUGCUUGCAAAAUUUCCUAAAAAUUACGAACCUUCAUCUUCUAUAUUCAAGAUCAUGCCAGCAAUUAAUAAGAAGUAAAAGGAGGUUUUUCGGAACUGUGCCAACAUCCAGAUUGCGUAGGCGGGUUGUCAUUACAGGCAUUGGCUUAGUGACUCCUCUUGGUGUUGGAACUCAACUAGUAUGGGAUCGUCUUCUACGAGGAGAGAGUGGAAUUGUUUCACUGGUUGGUGAAGAGUAUAAGAGUAUCCCUUGCAGUGUUGCUGCUUAUGUGCCAAGAGGUUGUGACGAAGGUCAGUUCAAUGAACAAAACUUUGUGUCCAAAUCAGAUAUCAAGUCCAUGUCUUCUCCCACCGUUAUGGCCAUUGGGGCUACAGAGUUAGCCAUGAAAGAUUCCGGCUGGCAUCCUCAGUCAGAAGCUGAUCAAGUGGCUACUGGUGUUGCAAUUGGCAUGGGAAUGGUUCCUCUUGAAGUUGUUUCUGAAACUGCUUUGAUGUUUCAGGCAAAAGGUUACAAUAAAGUCAGCCCGUUCUUUGUCCCUAAGAUUCUGGUCAAUAUGGCAGCAGGCCAGGUCAGCAUUCGGUAUAAACUCAAGGGCCCCAACCAUGCGGUAUCUACAGCCUGUACCACAGGAGCCCAUGCUGUGGGAGACUCUUUUAGAUUUAUAGCCCAUGGGGAUGCUGAUGUGAUGGUGGCUGGAGGUACAGAUUCUUGCAUUAGCCCUUUAUCUCUUGCUGGGUUUUCCAGAGCCCGUGCUCUGAGCACAAACUCUGAUCCUAAGUUGGCAUGUCGACCAUUUCAUCCAAAGAGAGAUGGUUUUGUCAUGGGAGAAGGUGCAGCUGUGCUGGUGCUGGAAGAACACGAACAUGCUGUUCAAAGAGGGGCCCGGAUGUAUGCCGAAGUUUUGGGCUACGGACUCUCAGGUGAUGCUGGUCACAUAACCGCCCCCGAUCCUGAAGGAGAAGGUGCCUUAAGAUGUAUGGCUGCUGCUGUAAAAGAUGCAUGUGUACAACUUGAGGAAAUAUCCUAUGUCAACGCACACGCUACUUCCACACCGUUGGGAGAUGCUGCUGAAAACAGAGCUAUCAAGCGUCUUUUCAAAGACCACGCACAUGCCCUUGCAGUUUCCUCCACUAAGGGGGCCACGGGACAUCUGCUGGGAGCUGCAGGGGCGGUUGAGGCAGCUUUUACUGCUCUGGCUUGUUAUUAUCGGAAACUGCCACCUACUUUAAACCUGGACUGUACUGAACCAGAAUUUGAUCUCAAUUAUGUUCCACUAAAGGCACAGGAAUGGAAAAUGGAGAAAAGAUGUAUUGGACUCACCAAUUCCUUUGGUUUUGGUGGUACUAAUGCAACACUUUGUAUUGCUGGCGUGUAGGACAAGUUAUAUGUAAUUAAACAUGGAUUUUUUUUUUAAUGUUAUAAACAGACUAUAUUAAGUGGAAAAAUACUAUGUUUAUAUAAAUGUUUAUACUUAUAUAUCAAUAUCCAGAUACAGUUUAUCUAUGUCAGAGUUUCUCAGCCUUGGCACUGCUAAUAGUUUGGGCAGGAUAAUUCUUUGUUGCGGAAAGGGGAGCUGUCCUACACAUUGUAGGAUACUUAACAGCAUCCUAGUCUCUAGCCACUAAAUUCCAAUAGCACUCCUUUCCCCAGUCGUGACAACCAAAAAUGUCUCUUGACAUUGCCAAAUGUUUCCUGGGGGGCAAAACAGCCCCCAUGUGAGAACCCACUGAUCUGUUUUCCUAAUACUCUAGGUCAACCAGCUCUUUAUGACAUUUCACCUGCUCCUGUCCUUUUCACAAACAUUUGGUGAGUAGCUUCUCUGUGCUAGGCAGGGUUGCUGCAGUGUACAACUCCAAGCACACUGUUCCCAUACAAUAUAUAGAGAAGGAAUACAAAUAUAACUGGAAGUGUGCAUUGUUGACCAACAUUCAUUGAAUAAAGCAACCAGCCAGCAGUGAUCUAUUUACUCCUUACCUAGCUAGCUCUCUUUUCUUCAUAUUAUCUAUACUGAAAUUCAGUAAAUUGGUGGAAUUUCCCUAAACUCCCAGCCAUCAAUUCUCUGAAAGAAGGAAGUGAAAUUGGUUUGGCAUUUCUUAUUCUUUUUGUAUUUAUGGUGACACCUAGUGAUUAAUGGAGAUAAAGGUCCUUGGGACGUGGAGCAGAACUUGUUGGUGACUCAAGCCACAUCACCUUGGCCCACCCACCUCUAGCUUUACUGCAGCUGUGGUAGAUAGUUUUUGUUUUUGCCUCCAACAUCCCACAAGUGCUGGUGGUGCCUCUACUUUUCCCCCAUGGGGCUUUCUCUGAAGCCGAGAGAUCUCAUUCAUCGCCAUCAGCUGGAAGUGUUGGGAGGGAGAGGGUGAUAAGUGCCCUAGAGGCAACAUUCGCCCAAUAAAGAGUGGGAAUUGGUGGGUAAGUGCCUCAGCCUCCUUUCAGAGCGAUAUCUCAGGUUCUACACAGUUCCUCAGAUGGUUUCCAGUCAUAAAACUUCAGUGCUCACGGCAUUAACCAGCUCAAUGUGACUCCCUUUACUGGCUUUUCCUUUCCUGUCCGCCCUCCCUGAGUUUUAAUCCUGCUCCUAGGAAUCACCUCCCAAACAAAGUACCCUGUGUUGGGCUCUGCUUUCUGGGAAACUGAAACUAAGACAGGAAGUUUGUGUUGCAAUCGGGCUUCAUAUAUCAAAGGGAUAGAUAGAGUGAAUAAGUGAAUGAAUGGAAUGUGUAUAUUUCUGCAGAAGUGAAAAGUGUUCCCCACAUAUUAAUGGGCUGAAUAUAUUGUCUACCCACUGACCUUGACUAUAGCAUUUUAUCCCCUAUACACCUAAGACUCUAGCCAUGUUCAUUCAGCCAUAAUCAGUUUUAAUUCUCGUUGGCACGAAUUAAUUUGUUCAACUGAAAUUUGUUGGGUGCCAAUAUGGACCUGGUUUUGUACUAGCCACCAAAGAUACAGUGAUGUGUCAGGGAAGGUUUCCUAAAAGAAGCUGAGGCCAUAGAGUGAAUAGAUCUCAGCCAGGUUAAGGGGGAAGAAAGAGAAGGAAGGAAGAGUAUUCUAGCCAGGAGGAAUAGCGUGGAAAGGUCAGAAAAAUUAGAACAUUUGUACUAAACAUAAAUAUAUAAAGCUUGAGUUGGGGGUCAGGGGGGUAGGAGAUAAAGCCAGAAAAUCUGGUGGAAUCAGGUCACAACCUUAUAAGUUUUGUUAAGGCAGUAAGAGUAAUGGGAAGCCAUAUAAGGUUUGGGGUGUUACGAUUGUUUUGUAAUGUGUCAACUUGGCUAGGCUGAGCUGCAUUUCCCAGAAUUCUCUUUAUUGUAUAUUUUUGGUUAGGGUUGGCUGGUGAAAGAUUCUUGUGGGAGAUUUGGAGGGUGUAAGUGAGGCCGCAGCCAUUCUGUAGCUCAUACAUGUGGCUUUGCUGGCUCACCGCCUUGAUGUGAGGCAGUGGCAGAGCCUGCAACUGCUUUAUCUUGCCCUGGAUCCUCCUUCAGUUUCCUGACUUCUGGGCCAGGUAUGUGUUUAGCUCCACGGUAAUGAAGGGCCCGGGCUUCUGCCCCAUACCACCUAGGUCAAGGGCAAUAAGAACUGACAGGUUUCAGUUCAUUCUUGUGGUUCUGGGUUCCAGUUAUUGGAAGUUUAUAUCCAUCUUCCCUUCCUAACUGCCUGCCGUGUGCACUUCAAACUCCAGCAUCAGAAGAUAAUAGGUUAACAUAAUAGCCUUACAGAGACCAUUUAACCAGCUUUCAUAAUUGCAUAAGGUCAAAUCCCUAGAACAAGUAUCCAUAUCUAUAUCUGUCUUAGUGGUUCUGUUUCUCUGAUUGACCCUGACUGAUACAUAUGAAGAAGAAUGUUAGUUAUUGGGAGUAACUUAAUCACAUUUUCUUUUAGAAACAUCACUCUGACUGCAGAGUAAAGAACAGAUUGAAGGGAAGCUUUAUUCCUAUAAGGGAAUCCAGUCAGAAGGGUAUUGCAAAAUCCAGGAAGAAAAGUUGGUGGCCUGGAUGAAGCAGGAUAUUUUGACCCAAGUUUCUUCCAAAGUUGAAAAUCACGUUUUUUUUUUUUUGUUUUCAAUCAACUGUACUAAGGCAUAAUUUCUGUACAGUAAAAUGCACCCAUUUUAAGUGUACAGUUAAAUGAGUUUUAAUAAAAGUAUACACACA